AGUAUUAAAUGAUAUUAACGACAAAAAUAACACCCAAGAUGAAAAAGAUCUUAUUAUAAAAAAUGUGAUUAUGGAAAUUAAAAGAGAUGGUAUUGUGUAUAUUAAUAAUGAUAUCAUAAGCAGACUUAUUGAAAAAUUUAUUACACUAAUAAAUAAUGGAAAAUGCUUGCGAAAAUUAUGGCCACUAUUAUCUCAAGAUCUAAAUAAAUGCCUUACAGAUGUACAUAUUUCUCAUAUUCUUCAAACAUAUAUGAAUUGCUUGCACAAAAAUAUAACAAAUAACCAAAAUAUAAAAUUCAAAGUUAAAAUAUUUAAAAUUAUUGGUAAAUUUAUAAUAGAAAAUGAAGAUACAAAUAAUUAUUUUAAUCAUCCUAAUGCCAGCCAUGUAGUUAUAACAUAUUUGGCGAAUAUAUCAGAUCUUAAGAAUUCUAACAAAAUUGAAUAUAGCAGUUAUACAAAAGAAUAUAAGAAAUCUUUUAGCCUUCCUAUUUUUAAUGACUCAAUAUCUUCCAAACAAUAUAACAAUUUUAGUUCCAAUUCCUUAAACAUUAUUUUACAGGACAUUAUUCUCUUAGUAAUUAAAUCAGAGAACUUCAAAAAAUAUUGUCUCUCAUCAUACUCUUGUGGAGUUAUUAAUGUAAUCAUUAUAAUUCUUUCAGAAUCAACUCACAUUACCAAAUCCUGCCACUUGAACCUAAAACUUCAAUUUUUCAAAAAAUGGAAACAAAUAUUUUUGGAGAAAAAUGUGACAUCAAAACUAAAUAAGCCCGGGAAACUUAUACAGUACACAGCUGAUGAGUCUAUAUUUUUUGACGCGUAUUCCUCCAGGAUAACCGAGACAAUGAUCGAAUACUUGACAGAGCCGAAUUACCGAAAAGUUUUUGUCAAGAUAUUCGCAUCGUUAACGCCCUCAUUCAUGAAGCAGAUCGCGUUACAUUCUUGCGGAAAUUUUGUGCUCCAAAAAUUUCUGGGCUAUAUAGCCAACGAUUCUGGUCUGGUCAAUGAGAAAAAAUUCAGCAAAAUAUACCGAACUCUUGCCGAGUGCUCAGGUGACAUUUACAAUCAUGGUUACUUUGGAAUUUUUACCGCGAUGGCUAAAGCCUGCAUUACCCGCCCUAAAUUUCAAGAAACCUUUUUGGAGGAUCUGGAUAAGUUAAUUCGUGUUCAUUCUUUCAAAACGACUCCGCCUGUUAGGGUAGAUUUGUUGACUCGAAUAAUGUUUUUGGGGAAUGGUAAAAUGGAUUACGAUGCCUUGAUCACUGCCAAACCAAAUGACAUUUCAUUUAAGAAAGAAAAAUCUCCCACUUCUUAUCAUGGUUCGAGUUUGCUUCAAAUCGUAUUGGGACAAUUUUCGGAUCACGUGAUAGACACUAUUUUGCUGGUGCCAUUUUUGGAGGUUUUGCACGAGGCCUCGUCUUUAAUCUGGUAUCUUUGCAAUGACGAGAAGGGUAGCAGAGUCGUGGAAGCCAUUUUGAGAUGCGGGGUUUUAUCGCGGGACCAAAAAAGAUGGCAGCUAUUAGUGGAAAAGUCGAUUUUGCCACACAUAUUCGAAAUAUGCACCGACAAAUACGGAAGCAGAAUAUUCGACACCGUGUGGGAUGCCCUUUCGGCUUUUCCCAAAUAUCGCGAAACGCUAGUUAAACUCUUAUCGACUAGAAAGAGCGCGUUACAAAAUAAUUUUUUCGGGAAUUUAAUAUGGCGAAAAUACGGCAUGUUUUCCUAUUCCACCGAUGCUCGAAAAUGGAUGAAUGAAUAUGGAAACCCGGAUAAAAAGGCUAAAAGAACACGUCUCGACGAACUUUAAAGUGAAGGAAAAAUUGCGAAGCAUGAAAAAAUAGGACCGCACUCAAGAAAAGGGAAGAGAUCAAAAUACAAGGAACAAUCAAAAUUGAAAAUUAAAUAUUUUUUUUUUGAAAAUAAUUAUCUGUAAUAAAAAUG